AUGCAAUCGCCAUACCCGGACCUCCGUACCAUCGAGGGUGCACAAAGCCACAUCCCUCGCUACUUGUUCCGUUACUGGCGCUCCAAAGGCUCAAUUCCUGGACAUACUUCCGAGUGCAACACUCCUGACUCAAUCACACCGAAACUGUUGUUACCUAACAGCUCUACCUUCUCAUCAGACUUCUUCUCGUACACCAAGACGCAGCUCGGGGCCUGGGCAAUGUCGCACAUGUCGCAAGAUGGUAACAGGUCCAUCAUUAGCGAAGGCUCCGAUGAUGGCGGCGGGUCCGAUGGUGGUGAUGGGCCUGACGAUGAUCCAAUGACACCGUACUCUACCUGGUCUCAAUCUCUGGCAUAUGUCAUCGCCUGGGCACUCGACGCUCGCAAGAGGUUUCCGGCUGAUGAGACUGACGCGCAUGUCUGUAUUCUUGAUACCACAAAGGUCGACAACGUGAUCUUACACAGUGAGGAUAUUGAGAUCUACAUUUCAGACUUGGUCACGAAAGACCGCUGGCAAUAUCUAGCAUUCGGAGUCAUUUCAGGUGCUGGAUACGAGGCAGUCAAAGUCGAUGCACUCAUGCGUGAAGGCCUUGGAAGCUUUUGGACGCGCCGUCACCCGAUCGAUGACAACUCAGCACACCCGACCCCGAACAUCAGCUUAGGCAUCCAGCAGACUCUCGUGAAGACUGCCACCGCGGUCGCUCAACGCUUCACCACAGACCAUCAGCUAGCUGUGGCUGCAAAUUUAAUGGCCAUCGGAGACAAAUCUGACAACGAACUCGAAGCCAUCGCUCACGAGCUGCAUAAGAUAUUCGUGACUCCAGCAAGUUGGCGGCAAAACCAGAGUCUAGUCUGGUACUAUCUGACUUUGCAUGGCGUCACGGAAGCACGGCAAGCUGUGGAGAUCAUGAGGAAGAUCAUGGUCUUCACCGACAAUCACGGAAUCCUGGAAACACCGCUCACGGACGGUCGCUCGGAGAGGUACCUCCAGCGUGAGGAACGAGAGUUCAAGGAAGAGAUACAGCGGCGUAACGCUGACAGGGGUGCUAUUUCGCCAUGGCCAGAGUCAAUGGCUGAUUAUGUGAGGUACGUCUACCCGCCAAAAUCGCCUGAGACUGGACAUGGAGCUUGA